UCUUCGCGGGUGUUUUGUGAAAUAGAUUUUAUUCGAGAAAAUUAGUGAAGCUCUUACCAUAUGUGUAAAAACAAUUUUUAAAACAACGUGUGGCAACGUGUGCAACGUGUGUCUUUUAUGUUCACUCACACUCACUGUUUCCACUGUUUCAAUGGCACCGCAAUUUAUUUUGCAUCUAAAACUUCAAGCUGUAAGACAUUGCGCUAGUAAAGUGUUGUCGCUAGUUAGACGAUAAUUUGCUUGCUAAAUGCCAAUUCAAUAUACGAAAGCGUGUAUGCGAGAAAAGCGCAACUAUAUAGUAGCAGUCAUAGUGAAAGAAAGAAAAAUUUUCCAUUUGCUAAAGAAAAAUUGAAAAAAGUUGUUACAAAGCUGAUUUUCUUGAUAAAAUUAAGAAAUCAAUUAAAAAUUUUAUAAGAAAACAAUUCUGUGGAUCAUUCGAAAACGUUUGAUAAUAAACUCAUUAAUCGAUGGCUUACUACAUGAGGGAAAAAUCGUGAUUAAAUUUUAAAAGUCAUCUGAGAUGCAUCAAACAUGAAUGAAGGUGAGUCAGCAGGAGGGGGGCAUCAAGGGUCUAACCCGGCCCCUCCUGCUGUGCCAGACCGCAUAUCAACAACUACUAUAACAUCAUCAAAUAGGAUAAUUAACACAAACAAUUUAAAAUCAGCGUCAUCUACGACGCCCCUAUCGUUAGCUAUAACAGCCGACGAACAAAACAGUGCAUCUCUGGGUGAAGCGUGUACAAGUCCAGUACCGAGAAGUUUUCAGCAAGCCUUUGCCCAACAUUCUUUACAGCCGUUACCAACGACGACUACAUCCACAACAGAGCAGCAAGAGCAGCUGCAGCAACAAUCCUUGACGCAUAUGCCUCAAACGUCAUCCAAUCGUUUGACAUCAUCAGUAACACCAACAACUACAACAGCGCCAACAAUAAGAACGGACUCAUCUUUUGUCACGGCCGCUACAAAUAUAUCCGAUCCUUCGAUUAAUACGCCUUUAAUUAAACGCAAAAUAUUGGAUGACAUUCACAGUACAGCAGGUGGUGAAAUAACAGUUUUAGCGCCCAAUAUAUGUAUAGUCGGAUCCCUUCUGCCAACCAGCCAUAGUCACAACUGUUCACUGAAUAAACCCAGUAUAGCAACACCUGACAGUAAUAAACUUAAAAAUAAUCCUCAAGCUUUGAAAAAACUUAUUUUAGAACAGAAAUAUUUACGGUUGCGUAGCUUAAAAGAAAAACAUUCUGAAAAUGUCGCCGAGUUGUUUUAUUUGCAAACCGGUGGCAAUAUGAUGGACUAUCCGACGUGGCGUAAAAAACCACCCACCCCACAGUUCAUCACCUACAGCAAUGCUUAUCGUUUGGAUCAAUUGGUUAGCGAUGAAAGGACAUCAGCACCGAACACCCCUAACACGACAGAUAUACACACGCAGCAACAGCAGCAGCCGCAUCAAACGGCUGAUAGUAUAGCAACAAUAAUUGGAGUGGUUGGCCAUACGCAGCAACCACAACAGCAGCAGGCAACACAACAAACGAAUACACAAUCUCAAGCAAAUUUCAGCACCACUUCUUCAUCAACAAUUAAUAAUAAUAACUCUUUAAUGGUAACAACUCAUGGGCGUACGAAUAUCAUUAAUGGCAAUAAUAACAAUGGGUGUGGGAAUAUUAAUUCACCUGCAGGCACAGUUAGCAUUGCUGCUACUCACUAUGGAGCCGCAGGCAUCCAAAGCACUAUUUUGCCGACAACUACGGAUGCUAGUGGCAAUAUUUUACCACCUCAGGGAGCAGAAAUUAAAAUACCGGCCGUUGGUGCUACACCAGUGGCCGUCUCUACAAAAUUACCCGCUGCCGUUCAACAGUUAAGCCAGCAAGGUGGCACUCCUCUGAUACCAUGCAGUACAGCUCAAGGUACAACUACUUUGAGACGUAAUGGUAACAGCGUGAUCGCAUCGAAUACGCCACCCCCGCUGUAUUCACCCACCCCAAGUGGUUUACUAGUACCCGCGAGUUCAGUUAAUGGCAGUACGGUAGCGUCUGCAAGUACGACGGCUGCUAAUAGUGCUCAAGAGUUCAGCUAUAAAGCAAAACAGGAGGUUGAUGUUAUGCGUCGUAUCAUGGAACUGCAGAGGGAGGGACUGUGGACGGAAAAACGUUUACCUAAACAAUUGGAACCGGCCCGACCAAAAGCCCAUUGGGAUUAUCUUCUCGAGGAAAUGGUUUGGUUGGCAGCUGAUUUUGCUCAGGAACGUAAAUGGAAAAAGGCAGCUGCAAAAAAAUGUGCAAAAAUGGUUCAAAAAUACUUUCAAGAUAAGGCGAAUGCCGCUCAAAAGGCGGAAAAGGCUCAGGAGGCACAUCUGAAACGUGUGGCCGCUUUUAUAGCUAAAGAAGUGAAAAUGUUUUGGUCUAAUGUUGAAAAAUUAGUAGAGUAUAAGCAUCAUACCAAGCUUGAGGAGAAACGCAAAAAAGCUUUAGAUCAACAUCUAUCGUUUAUCGUGGAUCAAACGGAAAAGUUUUCUCAACAAUUAGCCGAGGGAAUGAAUAAGUCUUUAGUGGACGCCAGCGCAAAUCCCAGCAUAAAUUCUAGCAGAAUAUCUUCGCCGAAAAGAGAUAAUACGGACGAGGAAUUUCGUCCAGAAUCUACUUCUGACGACGACGAAGAAACAAUAGCGAAAGCUGAGGAAGAAGAAGCAAUGGAUGUUGAUGCUGAGAUUGCCGCUUUAGAAAAGGAAUCUCAGAUGGAAUUGAAUGAUGUUAUUAAGGAUUUGCCCAAAGGCUACUUGGAGAAUCGUGACAAAAUUUUACUUGAAGAGCAGAAACAAAAUCAUUUGAAAGAGAAUGAUGAAGGAUCCACUGAUAGCGAUGAUGGUGAAUUUAUUGUUAACGAAACUAGUGAAGAUGAUGAGAACACUAUUAGUAAACAAGAGGCUGAAGAAAUGGAUAUAGAUCAUCAAAAGGAAAUUGAUGAACUUGAAGCCGAUAACGAUUUGACAGUAGUCGAGCUCUUGGCAAGAUACACAUCGACUAACUUAGAUAAUACGGAUGUAGAAGAGAAACCAAAAAAAAGUGAAGAUAGUAAAAAAAUGGAAAUAGACGACGGGAGUAACGGUGAUGAUGAGAAUGAAGAAACUAUUGUGAAGCCAAGUAGAGAUUCCGACGAUGAGUCCACUGCUGAUGAAGAAAGUGACGACCAAGAUUCCGAAGAUGAAGGCGACGAUCUUGAGGAAGAAGGCGAUGAAGAAAAUACACCCGAAGAAGAGGAAGCGGAUGGUCUUAAAAGCUUGUUCGAAGAUGCGAAUGUUAAUAGCAAAGAUGAUAUGAUUAAAGAUGCUGCUGCUUUAGCUGAAAGUUUGCAACCUAAAGGCAAUACAUUGUCGUCUACGAAUGUAGUAACACCGGUACCGUUCCUUUUAAAACAUACAUUACGUGAAUACCAGCAUAUAGGUCUCGAUUGGUUAGUGACUAUGAAUGAGCGCAAACUCAAUGGUAUUUUAGCCGAUGAAAUGGGUUUGGGUAAAACUAUACAGACGAUAGCUUUGCUGGCACAUUUAGCUUGCGUGAAAGGUAACUGGGGUCCACAUUUGAUUGUUGUGCCGUCGUCUGUGAUGCUGAAUUGGGAAAUGGAGUUCAAAAAAUGGUGUCCUGGCUUUAAAAUUCUUACAUAUUAUGGCGUACAAAAAGAGCGAAAAAUGAAACGCGUUGGUUGGACAAAACCGAACGCCUUUCAUGUGUGCAUAACAUCUUAUAAGCUGGUUGUACAAGAUCAGCAAAGCUUUCGACGUAAGAAAUGGAAAUAUCUGAUACUGGAUGAAGCUCAAAAUAUAAAAAAUUUUAAAUCACAACGCUGGCAAUUGCUAUUGAAUUUUUCUACUGAAAGGCGAUUAUUAUUGACGGGUACACCAUUGCAAAAUGAUUUAAUGGAAUUAUGGUCUUUGAUGCAUUUUCUAAUGCCUUACGUAUUUUCGUCACAUCGUGAAUUCAAAGAAUGGUUUUCAAAUCCUAUGACUGGUAUGAUUGAAGGCAAUCUUGAGUAUAACGAUCAACUUAUACAACGUUUGCAUAAAGUAAUUCGACCAUUCCUACUGCGGCGUCUUAAGAAAGAAGUGGAAAAACAAAUGCCGAAGAAAUACGAGCACGUAAUUAUGUGUCGUUUAUCUAAUCGUCAACGUUACUUAUACGACGAUUUUAUGAGUCGAGCAAAGACGAAGGAAACACUCCAAACAGGCAAUUUGUUGAGUGUGAUAAAUGUGUUAAUGCAAUUGCGUAAGGUUUGCAAUCAUCCGAAUAUGUUCGAAGUAAGACCUACAAUGUCACCGUUUCAAAUGGAGGGCAUUACAUAUGAAACAUCGCGUUUGGUCUGUGAUUUGUUAGACUACGAUCCGUUUAUGCAAAUCAAUUUACAUACUCUUAACUUGCUCUUGAUCGAAUUAGAAUUGACACUUACCGCCUAUGUGUCGCAUAAAUCACGUUUGUUGGCUGCCCCGCGUAAACUAAUCGAAGAAAUUGAUACUGCGCCGCAACUGCCACCUCGUUGUCCAACUGGAAAAUAUAGAUUUCAUGUACGUGUAAGGGAUCCAAAAGUUCAACAAAAUCUUCGUACACACAGUAGCCAAGCGGUACGUGUUGGCGCAAGCCCGACCAUGAAAACUGAAGGCAAUAAACUUGUGCCGGUGUGCGGGCCGGCAUCAGUGGAUUCGUCACAGAGUCGUAUAAAUAAACGUAUAAAUCACGUAAUUAAUCCAUUGGGUCAACCAAAAUUUGGUGUGAUAAUACCUAAUUUAACUACGACUACGGUAACCAGAUCUCAAGUAUCCAAUAGUAACAACAGCAGUACUAACACUGAUGAUAUGGGCCCUACCCCGGCUAAGAUACAAAAAAUAGGAGAAACUGCAAAAUCUUCAACAGUCAAUAAUAGUAGUGGUGAUGCGAAGUUGUAUAUCAAGGCAGCAAAAUCAAUAAAAGACGAAACGGCUUUAGUUUCAGCUUUAGUUCGACAGGUGAAAUCCAAUACAAGCACCCGCCUUUCAAUAUAUAAUAAUGCAGAAUUUAAGACUGAACCAUCUGAGAUAGAUGACAAUUGCUCAGAACUUGAUUCGGUCUAUAAAAUGACUGAAAUAUUUCAACAGCGUAAAGAGAAACGUUUCGCCCGUCUGAAAUUAAUGGCUACGGUAAAUAAACGUAGAACAGAGGCCACGCCUAUUUAUGGUGCCGACUGUCGUGAAUCGCUUGAGCAAUGCCUGAAUGCCAAUCAUAAGGUGAGAUACUCGACUUGGCAUACGAGAAGUUAUAGCAAUUGUUGUACGGCUAUGGCUCGUUUCUCCGAUAAUUGGACACUUAAUAGAAUAAUUAAAUCAUAUGAAAAACGUUGUGAAAAUUUAAAACAAAUAUUUAAUAAUUUUGUUAUUUAUGUACCGUCCGUUUGUGCGCCGCGUUUACGCUUCUACGUACGCAAUUUGACGUCGACUAACCGACUACAGCAAUUAGAAACCGAGAACACAAUCCAACGGGAAAUGUCAACGAAAUUAUCUAUCUUACAUCCAAUUAUAUCGGCUAUGACAACACAAUUUCCCGAUCCUCGUCUAAUACAAUACGAUUGUGGUAAAUUGCAAACAUUAGAUCGUUUGCUAAAACAACUUAAAGGCGAUCAUCAUCGUAUCCUGAUUUUUACACAAAUGACUAAAAUGUUGGACGUAUUAGAAGCAUUUCUCAACUAUCACGGUCACAUAUAUUUACGUUUGGAUGGUGCUACCAAAGUGGAGCAACGACAAAUUCUUAUGGAGCGAUUCAAUAGCGACAAGCGGAUAUUCUGUUUUAUACUCUCUACACGUUCCGGUGGUGUAGGAAUUAAUUUAACCGGAGCUGAUACUGUGAUAUUUUAUGAUUCAGAUUGGAAUCCUACCAUGGAUGCUCAGGCGCAGGAUCGCUGUCAUCGUAUAGGUCAGACACGGGACGUGCAUAUUUAUCGGUUGGUCUCUGAGAAAACUAUUGAGGUGAAUAUACUCAAAAAGGCCAAUCAAAAACGCAUGCUCAGCGAUAUGGCCAUUGAAGGUGGAAAUUUUACAACGUCAUACUUCAAGAGUUCUACGAUAAAGGAUUUAUUCAAUAUAGAUUCACAACAACAAGCUGUAGAUUCAACAACAAUAGCAAUGGCAACGAAUGCUUCUUCCUGUACGCAAUAUCAGCACGAAGUGUCGAAUUCGGAAAUGAUGGUUGGUGGAGCAAUGGAAAUCGACUUGGAAAAGCAAUCAUUGAAAGCUUUCGAGAAUGCUUUAGCAGCUGCAGAAGACGAGCAAGAUGUUCAAGCGGCGAAAACUGCAAAGGCAGAAGCAGCUGCUGAUCUGGCAGAAUUCGAUGAAAAUAUACCGUUGGAUGAAACUAUGGCCACUGAAGGCGCUUGCAACGUCGAACUAAGUAAAGCCGAUUUGGAAAUGCAAAACUUAGUUAAACAGCUAUCGCCCAUCGAACGUUAUGCCAUGCGCUUUGUAGAGGAAACAGGAGCUGCAUGGACAGCCGAACAGUUAAGAGCGGCCGAAGAGGAAAUUGAAGCACAAAAACGUGAAUGGGAGGCAAAUCGUCUGGCUGCUCUGCAAAAAGAAGAAGAAAUGCUUAAGCAGGAAGCGGAAACAGCAGAAGAAUUGUUGACAUACAGUCGCAAGGAUGCCACGAAUCAGAUCUGGAUAUCCUCGAAUACUAUGGAAGAAAUGCCGAUGUGGUGCCCUCCAACACCGCCGCAAAAUGAUGACGACAUCUAUAUCGAUUAUUCGUUGUCAUUUAUGUAUGAAAUGGAACCGAUACCGGAAGCAGAAUUACCCCCAAUUUACGUUAAAAAGGAUUACAAACGUUCACGUGGUGAAGCUGGUUUUUUGAUGGACGGAAGUCGACGUCCAACUAAAAUACGACGUGAGGAAAUGCUUUGUGCACCUCGUUCGCUAUUCGAUCGUCCUUCUGCUGCCAUAGCACGCAUACGAAGAGAUUUGAAGAAUCAACGCUAUCGUGGCAUCUUCAAACCAAAUGUUCAAAUACCUGGACUGAAACCACAAAUAUCACAAAAACCGCUCACCGAACCUGAGAAUAUGGCGGAGUGGUCUAUAUUCGAGGAUAUGAUCAUUUUGCAUGUUCUUGUCAACUUACAGGCCUUGCCAUGCAAUUUAAUGCUUUUGUCACCGGGUCAUACACCUAAUUGGGAUCUGGUGGCAGAAAUAGUGAAUAGCUUUUCGAAAACCUAUCGUUCACCGAAACAGUGUCGUUGGCGUUAUGAAGCUGUUAUACAGCCACGUGAAGAAGGUAAACUCGUUGAAAGUCCGAAAAAACAAAAGAAACUUAAAGGCGCUAUUAAAUCCGAGUAUCUAAAAGGAUCUUUACGUUGUUUACGCACUACUCAGAUGUAUGCGAAUGACAAUAAUACUUCGUUUUCUAAGAUUAUGCGCACUCGUUUUGAAUGCAUACGAUCGGCUUAUUUAAAGAAAGCACCACCGCCUAAAAGGCAUUUUAGUACUCCCAGCCUUAUGAAUCCCAAGCAUAUGGAAGUUCUGCAAGAAUUUGGUAUAGUGAACUACGACCAACCGAUACUGCCGCAAACUAUUGCUAUUAUGCGUUCCAACAAAAUAAGGGAAAAGCAGCGAGCUCAAUGUCCUUCCUUACCACCUCCUACUACCCAAGCUCCUGCCUGCAUAACAGGUGUAUCACAGCAACCAUGCGGAAUUACUGUAAGUACUCCAAUUAGUGUCGUACAGCACCAGGCCCAGCAAUCGCAAACCCAGCAACAAUUGCAUGAAUUGGUGCAACAACAGCAAGUUGCUGUUGCUCAGACGCCGAUCUUACAUAGUCAGCAAUUGCAAAUACAGCACAUUACGCCAUCAGGAGUACAACAGCAGCAGCAACAACAACAACAACACCAGCAGCAGCAGCCUACGGCAACAGCAAUUGUUUUGCAGCAUGCUGUUGGAUCCAAUGUGCAGCAGUCACACAAUACAUCAGCUGGAAUCGUUCAGCAAAGCACUCAACAGCACUUGAUGAGCCGCCACCCUACAUCUGCUACCCAAAUAGUUAAAGCUAUCGUUUCGCCACAAAGUAGCCUAUUAACUUCUGGGCAAGUACAACAACUGCAACAUCAAACUACUAAUACAAGCACAACUGGACAAUCUCAGCACAUUCAAUUGCAACAGCAACAAUCUUCUGGGAAUCUGGCUGCACCAGCAUCGGUGUCUGUUGUUUUAACUACCCCAGUACAAACUAUAUCAUCUAAUGUACAGCAACAACAGCAUCACAAUUCAAUCCAAAGCAAUUCCUCUGCAGCACAAAUUGUUUCUUUAUCCCCACAGCAGACUAUCGUUUCAAGUUCACCCCAAGUGGGUAGUAUAGUGCAAACUCAAGCUCUUCCGCAAGUUGUUUCGGUAUCCCAGCUGGCGACUGUAGGCACAGUGCUCACAACCUCCAGCAGUUUGGGUCAACCGACAGGCACUGUUACAACUUUAAAUACUUCAGCCUUGCGAGCCCAACGCAUAGUUGCUGCUCCUACUGGAACCACUUUGCAAGACGUGGUUCUUCAGCAAAGGUCUGCUGGCAAUCCCAGCCCAACAAUUGUUUCGAUGUCUAGCCUAGGGUCUAACGUCACCCAAGCUCAAUUCCAAGCAGCUCAACUGCAAUUAGCUUCUAUGCCAGCUGGAGCGCAGCAAGUGGUAACGAAAUUACGAGUCGGUUCUCUGCAGCAAGGAGGUAAAAUAACUACAACCAGUCCAGGUAACACUCCAACGGGACAACAGCCUACUCAUAUACAACUUUACAGACAACGACAGCAAUUAAAAGUUUUGCAAGCCGCGACUACUGGACAGGCAGGCCAGCAAACAGUUGUGCAAACAGCUUCUGGACAAACUGCGUUAGUUAAUGCCAGUGGAACUAUUAUACAAGGUAGCAUUGUGCCAACAAAUUCCGGUUCUAGCACAGUGCAAGUAGUGCAGCAGGGACAAAAAGUAGCCGUGGCAACAUCAAAUGUGUCCAUAGCAGCACCAAAUGGAAGUAGCGGUGGAAGUGGUGUGACAACGGUCGCCGCCGGUCAAGUGCAUAGUCAACAAUCUCAGCAAAGUCGUGCUCAAUUCAUUAAACAAGUAAACGCUGUAACUGGCAAACAAACGAUAGCCCGCCAAGUUGGUGAUACGGAUAUGCUACUGGUAAAAAGACAAGUGACAAAUUCUGCCGUGCAUCAAAAAGCAGCCCAAAUGUUGCAACAAGGCCAAAUUUUUACUACCACAUCAACGGGAGGAAUGCAAAUACAGCAAACAGCCACAACAGCAGGUGUAGUUGCGGGCACAACUUUAGUGCAACAACAACAGCAAACCAUACAAAAUCAAGGGCAAAAGCAACAAAUGGUACAGCAGGUUACACCUCAACAAAUUGCUACUUUAGUUAAAACGUCAGCUGUCACCUCCGCAGGAGUUGGCGUAACUCCUGGCAACAGCGGAGCCGGACAGGCUCAAAGUACUGUAAAUAUGGCUUUAUCGCAAUUAAAACCCGGUGGACAAAUUAAAGUAACCAUGGCUAAUCAAUCACAAAUGCGUCAAUUACAUAUGCAACAACAUUUAGGCAUGCCUCGUAAAAUAUCACGAAUGACACAGAUAGCCGCUGCUACCGGUGGCAGUGCAGCUGUCAGUGUUAUAGCUACUCAGCAAUCUCAGCAAAACCAAGGCACUACAAUAACGCAAACAAGCAACGUGCAGCAGCAACAACAAAUUACCACUACGGUAGCGCAAAAAACGUCGGGAACGAACACAGGAUCAGUUGGUAACAGUAGUGGCGUUCAAACGCAAUUAGUGCAUAUACAAAAUACGAAAUCUUUACCCAGUUCUGUGACCGUUCAACAAAUACAACAAGUAAUGCGCCAAGGACAGCCCGGAUUUCGCGUAAUACCAGUGUCCAUGGCAUCGCAGCCCAAUCAGCGCCAGGCUAUACAAGUGGUCUCGGCUACUUCGGCUCAAGCUUUGGCUGCUGGCAAUUUGCGUGCUCAUAUCGCUAGUGGGCAGAAUAUAGCCGGAACUAUUAAGGUGACAACGGCAGGUGGUUCCCAAUCUCAGACACAGCAAGCUAUCAUUACGGCUAUACAACAGCAAGCAGCAGCGCAACAGAAUCAACGACCAAGUGCUAGUCCAGUGAGAUUACAGACCACCGUUAGUGGCAAUCUGGUAGCUGUGGUGCAACAACAGAGUUUGCAGCAACAACAAACACAGCAACAGCAGUCCACACAGAAUGUAGCGGUAAGCACUUCGAGCGGUGUAAAUGCAAACAUUAACACCUCUAAUACUUCUCCCGCAGAGGUAAUGACCAUUACGCAAACCUCUACAGGAGCCGCAGUGAAUAAUGCGAUUCCUCAGCCUUUGCAGACAUCACAACAAGCUACGACCCAACAAGUGCGUACUUUGGUUAAAAAGAAAAUCAUGCAAAUACGCAGUGAAAAGGAAUAACAAAACAAGAAAGAAGGCAAAUCAACAUAUAAAACAUAUGAAGAAAAAAUAUUGUUUCUCUCUAUUUUAUCUCUUUUUUAUCAAUUUUUUUCUUAUCUUCCCUUUCUCUUUCUCACUUCCGAUUCAAGUUACGCCACUGUUUCAACUUGCAACUUCUAAAAAUUUGAUUUUACUUUUAAAGACAAAAAUAUAUUCAAGUAUUAAGUUUUAUUAUAUCAUAUUUAAUUUAAAAAACUAAAAAAAAGCAGAAAAUGUAUCAUUUCAAAGCGGCCUUUUUAUUUUCUCAGUUAUAUUUAUCACAUCUGUACGAGUUAAAUUCUUAAAAUUAGGUUAAUUACGUUAGCUUUUAAUUUUAAAUUCCCCGUCUCUAUUUCUGUUCUCAUAGCAUGUGAAAUAUUCUUUACUUUAUAAUUUUAUAAAAUGUAAAAAUAUUAUUAUUAUUGCAUAUAAA